AUGCCGAUUGUACCGAUGUCCCAAGUCAAAAGUCGAAUCAAUCGAUUUGCUGCCAUCGCAAUCGUUUGUCUGUUGAUCUUUUAUUUCACUUCCAACGUUUCACCAAACAAUACAAUUGUGACAAAGGAUGAAUUAAUCAACACGAAGGCUAAAACUGCACCAAAGAGACCGAGCAAAAAAGUCAAAGCAACUUUUGUGACGUUGGCAAGAAAUGAAGAUUUGUACGAACUUUUGGAAUCGAUUCAGAGUAUGGAAGACAGGUUUAACCAUAAAUUUAAAUAUGAUUGGGUUUUUUUGAACGACGCUCCAUUUUCCGAGGAGUUUAUAAUGGAAACUACAAAAUCGAUUUCAGGUAAAACCAAGUAUGGUGUUAUCCCUUACGAGCAUUGGUCAGCUCCUAUCUGGAUUAAUGCGAAAAAAGCGGAGGAAGUAAGGAUGGAUAUGAAAGAAAGGGAAAUUAUCUAUGGCGAUUCGGAAUCCUACAGAUAUAUGUGCAGGUAUGAAUCCGGAUUUUUCUACAGGCAUCCUCUAAUGGAUGAAUAUGAUUAUUACUGGAGGGUUGAGCCUAGUGUCAAAUUCUACUGUGAUGUUGACUAUGAUGUUUUUCAGUUCAUGCAAGACAAUGACUACGAAUACGGGUUUACAGUUGCUCUGAAAGAAUACAUUGAAACAAUCCCAACUUUGUGGGAUACAACAAAAAAGUUUUUGAAGGAUCAUCCUCAAUAUUUGGCAAAGGAUAAUUCUCUGGAACUAAUUUCUGACGAUAAUGGUGAAACAUACAAUCUGUGCCACUUUUGGUCUAACUUUGAAGUAGGGAAGCUAGAUUUUUUGAGAGGAAAAGCAUACCGUUCAUACUUUGAUGCUUUAGAUAAAUCCGGUGGUUUCUUUUAUGAAAGAUGGGGGGAUGCUCCUGUCCAUUCCAUAGCGGCUGCAUUGUUUUUGGAUAAAGAUAAGCUCCAUUUCUUUGAUGACAUUGGGUACUUUCAUGGCCCUUUCACGAGCUGUCCAUUGAAGGAAGAUGUAAGAAUAAAAGGCCGUUGUUCUUGCGACCCUAAAGAAGACUUCACGUUCCAUCCCGCUUCCUGCAUCAAUCAAUAUUACAAGUUCAAAGGACUUAAGAAACCAGCCGAACUUGCAAAGUAUGGCUUUUAA